CGGGGACCGGCGCGGUAGCCCGGCUGGGCUGCUGCAUGUAGCGGCGUCCUCGUCUUUCUUUCUUCCUUUUUUUUUUUUUUUUUUUCCGUCUGCCUCCAUGUUGAGUGGAUCUCGGGGCUGGGGGAGAGAAGAGGUGGUUCUGGAGUGGGCAUGGUGGCCGGAGCCCCGACGGCGGCGGCAUCCUAGUGUGCCUUGGGAGAUUCUGGAAGAGUUGCUUCUCUAUCCUUAGCUAGCCAGCUGCUGAAACCUCUUCAAAAAUGGCUUGGGCUCUGAAGCUGCCCUUAGCGGAUGAAGUCAUCGAGUCAGGCCUAGUUCAGGAUUUCGAUGCCAGCCUUUCUGGCAUUGGCCAAGAGCUAGGUGCUGGUGCCUACAGUAUGAGCGAUGUCCUUGCCUUGCCCAUCUUUAAGCAAGAAGAAUCGAGCUUGCCUACUGACAAUGAGAACAAAAUUCUGCCCUUUCAGUAUGUGUUGUGCGCUGCCACUUCUCCUGCUGUAAAACUUCAUGAUGAAACACUCACCUAUCUCAAUCAAGGUCAGUCUUAUGAAAUCAGAAUGCUGGAUAACAGGAAAAUGGGGGAAUUGCCUGAACUAAAUGGGAAGCUUGUAAAGAGUAUAUUUAGAGUGGUGUUCCAUGAUCGGCGGCUGCAGUACACAGAGCAUCAACAGUUGGAGGGCUGGAGGUGGAACAGGCCAGGGGACAGGAUACUGGAUAUUGAUAUUCCAAUGUCUGUGGGUAUAAUAGAUCCCAGAGCAAAUCCAACACAGUUGAAUACAGUAGAGUUUCUUUGGGAUCCUUCAAAGAGAACUUCUGUAUUUAUUCAGGUACAUUGCAUCAGUACAGAGUUCACUAUGAGGAAGCAUGGUGGCGAGAAAGGUGUACCCUUCAGAGUCCAGAUCGACACCUUCAAAGAAAACGAAAACGGGGAAUACACAGAGCAUUUGCAUUCUGCCAGUUGCCAGAUCAAAGUUUUCAAGCCCAAAGGAGCAGAUAGAAAACAAAAGACUGACAGAGAGAAAAUGGAAAAGCGAACUCCUCAUGAGAAGGAAAAAUACCAACCUUCAUAUGAAACAACAAUACUUACAGAGUGCUCUCCAUGGCCUGAAAUCACGUAUGUCAACAAUGUGCCAUCACCUGGUUUUAGCAGCUCUCACAGCAGUUUCUCGAUCAGUGAAGGGAACGGGUCUCCAAACCACCAACCUGAACCUCCAGCUCCAAUUACAGAUAACCUCUUGCCAACAUCCACACCUCAGGAAGCUCAGCAGUGGCUGCACCGGAAUCGCUUCUCAGCUUUCUCACGGCUUUUCACAAACUUCUCAGGGGCAGACUUACUGAAAUUAACCAGAGAAGAUGUCAUACAAAUAUGCGGUCCUGCAGAUGGCAUCAGACUCUUCAACGCGUUGAAAGGACGGAUGGUACGGCCAAGGUUGACCAUCUAUGUUUGUCAAGAGUCACAACAGUUGAGAGAUCAGCAGAAACAUGAAGAUGGGGAUGCAGCCAAUGGUACUUUUUUCGUUUACCACGCAAUCUACUUAGAAGAAUUGACUGCUGUAGAGCUGACAGAAAAAAUAGCCCAACUCUUUAGCAUUUCCUCUCAACAAAUCAGCCAAAUCUACAAACAAGGGCCUACAGGGAUUCACGUACUCAUCAGUGAUGAGAUGAUACAGAACUUUCAAGAUGAAUCAUGUUUUGUCUUGGACACAAUGAAAGCUGAAACCAAUGAUAGCUACCACAUCAUCUUAAAAUAGAUGAAGACUUGACCUUCUUGCAUCUACUCUGCAUAUACAGCUUCAUUAUAAGUUUUGACAACUGGACACCAGCAGAGACCCAUCUUGCUACCAAACAUGUCGCCUAUUAGGCAAACAAUGUGGAAUUUACCACUACUGGCUUGUAGUAGAUACCAAUCAUAAGCACAGAGCUGCUUAUCUGUAGUUCAGUAAUAUUACUACACUUGUUUGCUAGUUAAAACUGCCUGACGAUCCAGUGAUGGAACUUUGUAAUUAUAUGUAAUAGAAAGGGGGUUUUGUGUGUGAGGCUAUCUACAGACAACAACCCUAGGACUUCAGUAGACAAAACAUGGUUAUUGUAAUGGAUAUCUGGGCACCCUAGGAAUUGUGCAUCCCUUCUAGGGAAACUCUUGAAGGCCUAUAUCACUCAGCUGAUAAUGACAAGCCUAUUUUUAGCAAAUUCUGGAUUGAAAAAACUGUUCCUGCUUUGACUUUUUCAGAAUUUGUUUGAGAUAAAGAUCUGUGUAUCAAAAGGUGCUCAUAUACAUAAGUAUGUGAAUGAUUUCUCAUACUAGUACAAUUUAGGAGUUCAUGAACUCUACCUAUUUGCGUCUUCACCUAAUACUCCCUUUAAAGAGGAUUUAGAGGCAAAAAAAGAAAGAAAGAAAGAAAUGAUGAACUAAAUAUCCAGGGCUAUCUGCUGUUUUCCUAAAGAACACAACUCCCAAGGAAGAGAGAAAAGACCGUAUUAAAAAACAGCAACAAAGCAUUGGAAGGAUUUAUUUGAGAUUAUGUUGAACUGUUACAGACUUUGGAAUGAAAUCCUACAGGAAUUCACUGUCCAAGAACAGGCUCCUACAGCAAGAAUUUUAUAAUGCUUUUUUGAAAAGCUUUGAGCACUCCGUGGUGACAAAGUCCCUGACUGUUUGUUUCCAGAGCAGCAACCAGUCUCUUACUAAAAGGUCUCCACAUUUUGGAAUGAAUGCAUUUUUUUGAGUCUUGCAGGGAAAGAAGGGGAAACUGUUUCAGCUACAGGAAAUAAGGUCCUCAAAUUAGAAGUGGACAGCAAGUCUAAUGAACAAAGCCAGAUUCUCCAUAACCUUUUCAGUUCCCCUAGCAAAAUGAAAACUCUCUGCAAGCUGUAAGUUUCACAUACCAGAGUGUAAUAUGCUCUUGCAUAAGCUAGGUUCUCUUCCUAGUCAGUAGACACGAAGCCAGGAAACUGAUAUAGGCCAACAUUAACCUAAGGCUGAGAGUUUGUGAAAAGGGCUUUCAUCUUUAUUAAAUGGAAACCAAGUUAUCUGUUUCCCAGUGAUAUCAGAUUAUUUGAGAAGUUUUUCAUUUUAAACAAGUUUCAUUAAAAAAAAAAAUCCUCUUGGGUUAAGAAAAGAGAAAUACACUUUAAAAAGAGAUCUGUAGCUUUAUCGUUUUUAAGUAGAAUCUGAAAGUUCAUACCUGAUGCAUUGAUAAAAAAAUAACAGCUUUUUCAGAUUGCCCUUGGAGCUCUUAUUUAUAUUAUGGCUCACUCCCUGUUCAUCUCCCAGGAUGAUCACCAACCUAAAUUAGGUUGUUGUUUGCUUUAACUCUGUACCAGAAACUCAUGUGGUCCGUCAGGAUGCUUGAGCAGACUGGAUAUAGUGAUAGAGCUAAAUUAAUGAUGACCUACAGAUUUUCAUUAUCCCUAAUGGAUUGUGUGCAUAGGCAUAGUGAUAGCAGUUAACAGUUGAUUGAUAGAGUCCCCUGAUCAGUCUUUAAGGACAUGCCUUGCACUGUGACAAGGCUGGUAGUAUUCCUAGUUGUAUGGUAUGUGUUUAUAAGAGAGCAGCCUGGCUUUGUGAUUUGAGUACAGUAAAAUGUCGCUUAUUAGAACACAAGCAAACCUAGUCACUUGUUAUUGUCCCUCCUUUUCUCCAUUGUGUAUCCACCUUCAGAGGAAAUAGCUUUGCAUCUUAAGCCAAAGUUUCCCAGUUCAGACCUCGUAGGAAACUGUCUCUCAACCCUUUUUAUAUCAAGCUGUAAAACUAGAAUCAAAUUGACAUGAUUUUUAAACCGACCAUCAUCCUUCAUACUCAGUCUGUCAAGCAGUACAUACACUUCGUAAAUGACAGCUUGUUUUUUCUUCCUUUCUCAAACCUGUGUUGAAUCACUUCGGGAUAUAUAUUUUUUUCUCCUAAGAGCAUGUAUUAGUGUUUGCCAUUCUUCCUGGAACUGUAAUGAUUUGUCAUGUGUUUUUGUUUUUGGUAAACCACUGAAUGAAACGAUGA